AGCUAUAAAGGUCUCUCUGCCCAGUUCCUGCGGAUGCUCACAGCCACCAGAGUCCCGCCUCCCAGCUCCCUCGACGCCAUGGCCUCCAGAUUCCUUCUGGCUCUGUGUCUCGUCCUCCUGGUCCUGGGGUUUGAGGCCCAGGCGGCCCACGUACCCCAGCAGGAUGAGGUGACGGACACCCCGCUGCUAAGCCAGGUGCAGGAGUCACUCUUGAGUUAUUGGGACAAAGCCAAGGCCGCCGCCACGGGCCUCUACCAAAACAAGUACCUGAGCAGCAUGGACGAGAAACUCAGGGACAUGUACAGCCAGAGCACAGCUGCCGUGAGCACCUAUGCGGGCAUCUUCAGUGACCAGCUCUACUUCCUGCUCAAGGGUGAGGAGUAGGACCUCCCAUACAUGCCUGGAAUGGGCGGGUCCUCUCCCCAACACCCCUGCGGGCUCCCCUGGACCGUCCCAACACAUCCUAGCAGCUCUGGACACCCUGGGCAUAACACCAACCUGACGUUUUAAUAAUAACAAUAACAACAACA